AAUAUGUCUGCGCGCAUAAAGUGAGUAACAUGGGAGGGAGGAAAGAGGAUUAGGAGAAAGCAAUGGGAAUAAAACCGUGGAGACGAUUUUAGUGUGUUUUCGUUUUAGUCAAUAUCUGCCCUUGCAAUAGUGUGGCGUUUUUUUGGUAAAUUCUGCUUAAUUCGAUGACUGCCCGUGGCAAAGGACGCUGCGCUAAACAUUUUAUUAUAUCCUCGGAUAUAAUUAAAGCGCUUUUAAUAUCCUUCGUGCCACGGGACAUUAUAAUCCAAACAUGGAUUUCGUUCUGAGUGGGGUGGCUGCCUGCGGCGCCUGCUUAUUCACAAACCCGCUGGAGGUUGUUAAAACUCGUAUGCAACUGCAGGGUGAGCUGAAGCGCCGUGGUACGUACCACGUCUAUUACCGGAAUGUUUUCCACGCCUUUUACACGAUAGGCAAAGUAGAAGGUCUGGUUGGCUUGCAGAAGGGACUUGUGCCGGGACUUCUCUACCAGUUCUUUAUGAAUGGGGUACGACUUGGUUCUUAUUCUAUCAUCGAAUCUGCUGGGUAUAUCCACACAGACGGAAGGGUCAGCGCGGUUAAGAGUAUCGUGGCCGGAGCUGUCUCUGGGAUCGUAGGUGCCUUUAUGGGCAGUCCGAUAUAUCUGGUAAAAACUCAACUGCAAAGUCAGUCCACCUCCACCAUAGCAGUCGGACAUCAGUAUCAACACCGGGGUAUGUGGCAUGCACUGGUGGCAAUUCACAGUCAACAUGGCAUUCUGGGAUUGUGGCGGGGUUCAAGUGCAGCCGUGCCACGGGUCAGCGUGGGAUCAGCCGCUCAACUCUCCACCUUCUCCGUCUCCAAGGAGCUCAUUGCCAAACUCCAGUUGUUCUCAGAAGGAAGCUGGCUGUUGGCUCUCUAUGCUGGUAUGGUCAGUAGUGUGGUGGUGGUAUUGGCUAUGACUCCGUUUGAUGUGGUCAGCACACGUCUUUACAACCAGCCUGUGGACGACCAUGGCAGGGGUCAGCUGUACAAAGGUUUUGUGGACUGCUUCUCUCAGACACUGAAGAAAGAGGGUGUGAUAGGACUGUACAAGGGCCUGGGAGCUUCUUACUUCAGACUGGGGCCUCACACUAUCCUCUGCCUGCUCUUCUGGAACCAGCUCCACUCCUUCUAUCACAACUACAGUUAACACCAGUCUGAGCUCCUGCCUGAGCUACCCGCACAACCCCCAGUGAACUGGCUCAAAUACGGGUUUGGA